CGAUCUACAACUUCGGCUGGGGUGAAUUUGCGCGUGCACAGCAUUGCAAACAACUGUCAAGGGACAAGGAAGUUGACAGCUGGCUACAACUCGAAAGCGGUUGGGACUAGAGCAAGGAUCGUGAGAGUCAUUCGAAGACUUUGUUUUGACUCUGGGGCCAGAUCAGUACGGCUCUGGAGAAUGAGACUAUGUUCUUGAUGUUGGGGGUGCUCUCCUUCACCCUCAGUUUACACCCAACCCCAAACGUUCUCUAUCUCACCCCUGUGAAGACAACACUCCCGUCUACCUUCUAGAAAAUUACGCCACCUUAUCCCUCGUAUCAACUACUUCUAACCUCAUCUGUCACCGCAACCCUUCCUCCCCCCUUGCGCUACGCUUCACUCCAUAUCAGUCUCAUCGUCCUCGCAAGUGUCUGCCCUGCCUCGAGACAGUGAGGUUUGGUAUAUAGAAUCCUUCACCCACUGUCCUCCUCUUACCCACGAACCCCCUGCUGUGGGCACCAACUGGCCUGGACUGCCAUGAGGAGCUACCGGAGCCUCCCUGACAUCCUGUCUCUGUGAUGUCAGAGGCUUGCAACCAGGGCCAGGCAGACGGACUUCCCAGGUUUGUGAUUGGUAGUGAGGAUGAGGACCACACAGGUCCCAAGGACAGACGCAUGAAGAACGAGGAGACUUGUUCAGGGGAGUAGGAAGAGGAAGAGGAGCUGAGGGAGGAAGAGGAGGAUGAUUUGCCAUCAGAGAGGCAGAUUGUGGUGGGCAUCUGCUCCAUGAUGAAGAAGUCCAACUCCAAGCCCAUGACCCAGAUCCUGGAGAGGCUGUGCAAGUUUGAGUACAUCACGGUGGUCAUCUUCCCAGAAGAGGUCAUUCUCAACGAGCCCGUGGACAACUGGCCCCUAUGCGACUGCCUCAUCUCCUUCCACUCCAAAGGUUUCCCAUUGGACAAGGCUGUGGAGUAUGCCAAACUCAGAAAUCCACUACUCAUCAAUGAUCUCAACAUGCAAUACUUCAUUCAGGAUAGGAGGGAGGUAUACAGGAUCUUGCAGGAGGAAGGCAUUGACCUUCCUCGGUACGCUGUAUUGAACCGUGACCCAGACAGACCAGAAGAGUGUAGCUUGGUAGAAGGGGAGGACCAUGUGGAAGUGAAUGGGGAGGUGUUUCCCAAGCCGUUUGUGGAAAAACCUGUUUGUGCCGAAGACCACAACGUCUACAUCUACUACCCCACCUCCGCUGGGGGAGGAAGCCAGAGGCUCUUCAGAAAGAUAGGGAGUCGUAGCAGUGUGUACUCCCCAGAGAGCAGUGUACGAAAGACUGGCUCCUACAUCUACGAGGAGUUCAUGCCCACGGAUGGAACGGAUGUCAAGGUGUACACCGUGGGACCAGACUACGCCCACGCUGAGGCCCGGAAGUCCCCCGCCUUGGACGGGAAGGUGGAGAGGGACAGCGAGGGGAAGGAGAUCCGCUACCCGGUCAUGCUCACGGCCAUGGAGAAACUGGUGGCCCGCAAAGUCUGCCUGGCCUUUAAGCAAACUGUGUGCGGUUUCGACCUUCUGAGAGCGAAUGGCCAUUCCUUUGUCUGUGACGUCAAUGGCUUCAGCUUUGUAAAGAACUCCAUGAAGUACUAUGACGACUGUGCCAAGGUUUUGGGGAACAUGGUGAUGAGGGAGCUUGCUCCGCAGUUCCACAUCCCCUGGUCCAUCCCCAUGGAGGCUGAGGACAUCCCCAUCGUCCCCACCACCUCAGGAACCAUGAUGGAGCUGCGCUGUGUCAUCGCUAUCAUCCGCCACGGGGACCGCACCCCCAAACAGAAGAUGAAGAUGGAAGUCAGACACCCACUGUUUUUUGAUUUGUUUGAGAAGUACGGAGGCUACAAGUCUGGGAAACUCAAGCUGAAGAAGCCCAAACAGCUGCAGGAAGUGCUGGACAUAGCCCGUCUGCUGUUAGCCGAGCUAGGCCAGCAUACCGACUGUGAGAUCGAGGAGAAGAAAUCCAAACUGGAACAACUCAAGACCGUCCUAGAAAUGGAAUCCAGCUUGAAUGACACUCAGUAUGGCCAUUUCUCAGGUAUUAACAGGAAGGUGCAGCUAACACACCUGCCUAAUGGACAGCCUAAAGCCUCCAGUGAGGAAGAAGACUCUCAGAGAGAAGGUCCGUCUCUGCUGCUGGUGCUGAAGUGGGGUGGUGAGCUCACCCCUGCAGGCCGCGUCCAGGCUGAGGAGCUGGGAAGGGCCUUCCGCUGCAUGUACCCUGGAGGACAAGGAGACUACGCCGGGUUUCCUGGCUGUGGCCUGCUGCGCUUACACAGCACCUACCGCCACGACCUCAAGAUCUACGCUUCCGACGAGGGCCGCGUACAGAUGACCGCGGCUGCAUUUGCCAAGGGUCUGUUGGCCCUAGAAGGGGAGCUGACGCCAAUCCUGGUGCAGAUGGUGAAGAGUGCCAACAUGAACGGUCUGCUGGACAGUGAUAGUGACUCCCUGACGGACUGUCAACAGAGGGUCAAAGCCCAUCUGCAUGAGAUCAUGCAGAAAGACCAGGAUUUCUCCCAGGCAGACUAUGAAAAGCUGGCCCCUACAGGCAGUCCAUCCCUGGUCAACUCUAUGACGAUCAUAGAAAACCCAGUAAAGACCUGCGACAAGGUGUACGCCCUCAUCCAGAGCCUCACCUCCCAGAUCCGCAAAAGACUUGAAGACCCCAAGUCCGCAGAUCUGCAGCUGUACCACAGCGAAACCCUGGAGCUGAUGCUGCAGCGCUGGUCCAAGCUGGAGAGGGACUUCCGCAUGAAGAGUGGCCGCUACGACAUCAGCAAGAUCCCGGACAUCUAUGACUGUGUGAAGUACGACACGCAGCACAACUCCUCCCUGGGGCUAGAGGACACGCUGGAGCUGUUCAGACUGUCCCGCGCCCUCGCAGACAUAGUCAUACCACAGGAGUAUGGCAUCAACAAGCCUGAGAAGCUGGACAUAGCCCAGGCCUACUGUGUGCCCUUGAUGAAGAAGAUCCAGCUGGACCUUCAGAGGACACACGAGGACGAGGCCGUCAACAAGCUACACCCACUGUGGUUCAGGUACUCCCGAGGGGUCAUGUCUCCGGGUCGCCACGUGCGGACCCGCCUCUACUUCACCAGCGAGAGCCAUGUCCACUCCCUGCUCAGCAUCUUCCGCUAUGGAGGCCUUCUGGACGAGGUGAAGGACCAGCAGUGGAAGCAGGCCUUGGACUACCUGGGUGCUGUCUCUGAGCUCAACUACAUGACCCAGAUAGUCAUCAUGCUGUAUGAAGACAACAAUAAGGACCCUUCAUCCGAGGAGCGCUUCCAUGUUGAGCUUCACUUCAGCCCCGGGGUGAAGGGCUGCGAGGACGAGGAGAAUGUUCCCCUGGGCUUUGGCUUCCGCCCAGCAUCCGCUGAGAACCAGGAGAAGCAGACCAAUCAGGGAAGCCUGGAGGACCUAUCACAGGACGAGCCUGACAGGGCUCUGCCCCUCAGCGAGCCAAUCAACAUGCAGAAGAGAUCGCCCAUGCUGCGGAACCGCAAGGCUGGCUCCAUGGAGGUCCUGUCUGAGACCUCCCCCAACCAUUCGUCUAAAGGCACCUCCUACCGUCUCUUCCCCUCUUGCUCACGUCAGUCCCCAGAGGUCAAACAGACAGGCCCAGAGCCCCUAGAGGAGCACCAUGUCACCCAGCUGCUGAGGGGGCUGUCCAACGACCUGACCCUCCCAGGGGGUGCUCCUCUGGCCCUGGACAGGGCCAUGGCCCAACACCUGCACCAGUGUCCCUACCACCUGCGCCUCCUCAGGAACUGGCUGUUGUCUGGCCAAGACCCCCCAGAGUGCCUCUACGGCUUUGAAGGCUGCUCCAUGGUGCCCUCUAUCUACCCCCUCGAGACACUGCACAACUCGCUCUCCCUCAAGCAGGUGGAUGAGUUCCUUUCAGCCGUGUGCGAGAGCAGCAGUGAGGCCCAUGCCAAGACCAUGAAAGCUCUGUCCGCCCUUUUUGACUCUCAGAGCCAGGCUUCCAUGGACACCUACACCCCUCCCUCCACAGAAACGACAGUCCCGUGCCCCCCUCCCAAACAUUACAGAAGUGGUCCAUCCAUUACAGUGUCAAGUGCAGGUCCCUCCUCUCCCAACACAGUGAUCAACCCAGCCGUGCAGUUCAGCUUCAGUGAUUAGAGACUUACCUGUUCCAUUUCUUUUAGAGGAACCUAUGGAUUCACCAGGACUACAUAAGAUCCAUCCAUACAGUGUGCCUUUCUACACCAUAGUGAGUGCCUUAUCCACUACAAUCAGCUUUUGCACUGGAUCUGGAAGGCCAUGUCAUUGGACAAAAACGACCUAAAGCAACAGCACCCUCACCUCAUUGUAUUGGCUGUCCAAUCAACAUGCAAUCCAUGUUGAUUGACUGUUAGGGGAGCACAUCUUCUCAGGACUGGAUGACACAGCCUUGUUGUUCUUUAUUCAGACUGUGAAUGGUGAAAAGGAAGGGAGACAAGAGUGCUUCUCAUGCCUCAGCCAAAAUCCUGUUGGAUGGAACCGUACACACAAUAGGCUACUGUUUAUGUAAAAUGAAAUACAAUGAUUAGUGAAAUACUUGAGCCAGCUGAUCAAUCACAUUGUAUUAAUAUUGCGAUAAACUAUUAUUUUGACAGUGCUGGUCUUGAAUAACCUUAUUUGAUGUGAUUUGGAGGAGAAGGAGCUUGGAAGUGCAUUACAAUGACAUUACAUACAAGUGGGUUUGGUAACCCAAGAAAGUUGCACAAAGGGGAUCAGGUACAAUGUAUCAUUUAUAUCAUGUUUGGUCUCCAAAGCAUUUUAUCUGCAGUUUUUUAAUACAACCGAGAAGCAUCUGUGUGUUUUUAUAUGAUGUGUGUCACACUCAUAAUGUAUUUCAUAAAACUGCCAAAUAUCCAAGCAAAGGAGGUGCCUCAACAGUCAGUGCUGGUAUGUAUUUUCACAAUUUAAAGGGAAAACCACCACUCCAAGACUGCAUUUUUGUGCUACCUCAGUUAACUCUGAGUCCUCUAACUUGUGUAAAAUGUCUAUUAUCUGCUGUCAUGUAAAAGUUUGGAUGUGAUUUUAACGUGCAAUAUGAUAAUAGACAUAUAAUGAUGAUGACAUGAUAAUAUAUCAAAGGUUUAAGAAAUAUGGCAUGUCCUUGGUGAAAUAUGACUGUAAUAAACCUUGUUAUUUGGUUGAGGAGUUUGUUUGGGGAGAUUGCAGUGUAUUUCUUUUGCACAAUUCUCCAAAUUAUUCAAAAUCCAGAUGCUUUUAUUUCCCUUUUGUUUUUAGUUUGUCAGAGACUUCUCCACUGUAUGUACUGUAUGGGUUGCUGUUGAACAAACCCUUUGUUUUUUCUUUUCAAUUCAUAGAUAUUGUUAAUUUAAUACUUUUAUUUUUAGAUGUAUGUAAUAAGUUGAGGGUUGUAUUUAUGUAAUUUAAGGUGGUAUUAAAUGUCAACAAAAGAUUUGA